CCGUGUUGUUCCUCUUAGAGUAACUUUUGCAAAAUCCCAGUUGUUUCAUUAUCACACGUAAGACGAGGGGGGGCAGAGAAGGGUUCAACUCAGUCAUGCUGUGAGAGUAGCCCGAGAGUCGGAGCGUGUUUUAUAAGCCCGUUUAAGAGCGAAUAUUGAAGUCUGAAAGAAGGAAGGGAAGCCCGGCGGAGAGGCGAGAGAAAAGGGGGUCCAAGAUGCAGCUGGUCGCGGUGCUCUGGAGCGCCCUGAUAACUUUGCUGCUCUUCUACAGUCCAGAUGUGCAGGGCAAUGCUGAAUGCUCGUGUGGAAGGAAUCACUUCACGUGUGCAGUCAGUGCGUUUGGGGAGUGCACCUGCAUCCCGGCCCAGUGGCAGUGUGAUGGAGACAAUGACUGUGGGGACCACAGCGACGAGGAUGGAUGCAUGCUUCCCACCUGCUCACCGCUGGACUUCCACUGUGACAACGGCAAGUGUAUCCGUCGCUCCUGGGUGUGCGACGGAGACAACGACUGCGAAGACGACUCCGACGAACAGGACUGCCCUCCCAGAGAGUGUGAGGAGGAUGAGUUCCACUGCCAAAAUGGCUACUGUAUUCGUAGCCUUUGGCACUGUGACGGCGACAAUGACUGUGGGGACAACAGUGAUGAACAGUGUGACAUGCGUAAAUGUUCGGACAAGGAGUUCCGCUGCACAGAUGGCAGCUGCAUCGCUGAGCACUGGUACUGUGAUGGAGACACCGACUGUAAGGAUGGAUCAGACGAGGAAAACUGCCCAUCUGAUGUGAUGACAGCCACCUGUAGUGUGGAAGAGUUCCAGUGUGGUUAUGGCCGCUGUAUCCUGGACAUCUACCACUGUGAUGGGGACGACGACUGUGGAGACUGGUCUGAUGAGUCUGACUGCUCCUCCCACCAGCCCUGCAGGUCAGUUGAAUUCAUGUGCACCAGUGGGAUGUGCAUCAAUGCGGGCUGGAGGUGCGACGGCGAGUUUGACUGUGAUGACCAAUCAGACGAAACGAACUGCACCACGUCCAUGUGCACAGCUGAUCAGUUCCGCUGUGGAACAGGACGCUGCGUCCGGUUGUCAUGGAGAUGCGAUGGUGAGGAUGACUGCUCGGAUGGCAGCGAUGAAGAGGGCUGUGAGAAAACUGAAAGCCCACCGUGCGCCCCGGACCAGUUUCUGUGCGGGAAUGGCCGCUGUAUCGGUCAGAGAAAGGUGUGCAAUGAUGUCAACGACUGUGGAGAUGGGACGGACGAGCACCCGCAUCAGGACUGCCGUCCGCGCUCCAGCGAAGGCAACUGUAACCAGAAUAAUGGAGGCUGUUCUCAGAAGUGUCAGAUGGCCAGAGGUCUGGUCCAGUGCACCUGUCACACUGGAUACCGACUCAUGGAGGAUGGCAAGGCCUGCCAGGAUGUGGAUGAGUGUGCUGAAGAGGGCUACUGCAGUCAGGGCUGCACCAACACAGAGGGGGGCUUCCAGUGCUGGUGCGUUCAGGGCUACGAGCUCCGACCUGACAAGCGCAGCUGCAAGGCUCUAGGUCCAGAGCCGGUGCUGCUGUUUGCCAACCGCAUCGACAUCCGUCAGGUAUUGCCGCAUCGCUCAGAGUACACCUUGCUGCUGAACAACCUCGAGAAUGCCAUCGCUCUCGACUUCCACCACAGCCGCGAGCUGGUCUUCUGGUCCGACGUCACCCUCGACCGCAUCAUGAAGGCCAACCUCAAUGGCUCCAAUGUGGAGGAGGUCGUCUCCACUGGCCUGGAGAGCCCAGGUGGGCUGGCCAUAGACUGGAUUCAUGACAAGUUAUACUGGACUGAUUCUGGAACAUCUCGUAUAGAGGUGGCCAACCUGGAUGGGACGCACCGCAAGGUCCUGCUGUGGCAGAGCAUGGAGAAGCCCCGUGCCAUCGCACUGCACCCCAUAGAGGGUAAGAUCUACUGGACGGACUGGGGGAACACGCCUCGCAUUGAGUAUGCCAACAUGGACGGCUCCAACCGGCGAGUCAUCGCAGACACACACCUCUUCUGGCCCAACGGCCUCACCAUCGACUACGCUGGCCACCGCAUGUACUGGGUGGACGCAAAGCACCAUGUUAUAGAGAGGGCCGACCUGGAUGGGCGCAACCGCAAGGCUGUCAUUAGCCAGGGUCUGCCCCAUCCAUUUGCCAUCACAGUUUUUGAAGACAGUCUUUACUGGACAGACUGGCACACAAAGAGCAUCAACAGUGCAAAUAAGUUCACUGGCAAGAACCAGGAGAUUAUCCGCAACAAGCUGCACUUCCCUAUGGACAUCCACACCCUGCACCCUCAGAGACAGCCUGCAGGUGGUAGGAAUCGCUGUGGCACCAACAAUGGGGGUUGCAGCCACCUCUGCCUCCCCAGUAACAAGACCUUCACCUGUGCCUGUCCCACCGGCUUCAAGAAGGUGGACACCUACAACUGCGCCAGAAGUCUUGACAAGUUCCUGCUUUUUGCCCGAAGGACGGACAUCCGACGAAUCAGCUUUGACACAGAGGACAUGUCUGAUGAUGUCAUCCCUCUGGCUGACGUGCGCAACGCUGUGGCGCUGGACUGGGAUGCCAAAGAGGGCCACAUCUAUUGGACUGACGUCACCACCGACUCAAUCAACAGAGCCUUGUGGAACGGCACCAAACAAGAGGUGGUGGUGGACACCAGUCUGGAGAGUCCAGCAGGGUUGGCUAUUGACUGGGUGACCAGCAAGCUCUACUGGACCGAUGCUGGGACGGAUCGCAUUGAGGUUUCUAAUGCAGAUGGGAGCAUGCGCACUGUGUUGAUAUGGGAAAACCUGGACCGGCCAAGGGACAUUGUGGUUGAUCCAAUUGGAGGGUUCAUGUACUGGACUGACUGGGGUGCCAACCCUAAAAUUGAGCGUGCAGGGAUGGAUGCAUCCAGUCGCAUCGUAAUCAUCUCAUCCAACCUGACAUGGCCCAACGGGCUGGCCAUCGACUACCAGACUAAACGCCUUUACUGGGCCGAUGCUGGCAUGAAGACUAUUGAGUAUGGCAACUUUGAUGGCUCUGACCGACAGAUAUUGAUUGGCAGCCAGUUGCCCCACCCCUUUGGUCUCACUCUGCAUGAGGACAAGCUCUACUGGACAGACUGGCAGUCUAAGAGCAUCCAGAGCGCCGACAAGCUCACCGGCCUGGGACGACACACGCUGGCCGAAAACCUAGAAAACCUCAUGGACAUACACAUGUUCCACCGACACCGUGAGACAGUGCAUAACCCAUGUGCAGUGAAUAAUGGAGGGUGCAGUCACCUCUGUCUCCUUGCUCCGGCUCCCAAGUCUUCCAGCUGUGCCUGUCCCACUGGUAUCAACCUGCAAAUGGAUGGAAAGACCUGCACUCAUGGGAUGAGCAGCUUCCUAAUCUUUGCACGAAGAACAGACAUCAGGAUGGUUUCUUUGGACAUCCCUUACUUUGCUGAUGUAGUCUUGGCAGUCAACAGCUCCAUGAAGAACACCAUCGCUAUUGGAGUUGACCCCAAAGAAGGAAAAGUGUAUUGGUCUGACAGUACACUGAAGAAAGUCAGCAGAGCCAACAUUAAUGGCUCAGCACAUCAAGAUAUCAUCUCCACUGGUCUGAUGACUACUGAUGGGCUGGCUGUAGACGCUGUUGGCAGAAAAAUCUACUGGACGGACACAGGAACCAACCGUAUUGAGGUUGCUAACCUGGAUGGCUCCAUGAGGAAAGUGCUUAUCUGGCAAAACCUGGACAGCCCACGAGCCAUCGCCCUCUACCACGAGAUGGGUUAUAUGUACUGGACAGACUGGGGGGAGCAUGCCAAGCUGGAACGCUCAGCAAUGGAUGGCACCGACCGUGUGAUUCUCAUCAGUAACAACCUGGGUUGGCCCAAUGGACUGGCUAUCGAUAAGGCUGGCUCACAGUUACUGUGGGCCGAUGCUCACACAGAGCGCAUUGAGGCAUCCGACCUGAAUGGACUAAACCGCCGUACCCUGGUGUCUCCAGUCCAGCAUCCCUAUGGCUUAACCCUGCUGGGACCACAUAUUUACUGGACAGACUGGCAGAGCCGCAGCAUCCAGCGGGCAGACAAGACUACUGGGGCAAACACCAUCACUGUGCGAGCCAACCUGCCAGGCCUGAUGGACAUCCAGGCUGUAGACAGGGAGAAGCCACUGGGUUUUAACAAGUGUGGUAGGAGGAACGGGGGCUGUACCCACUUGUGCCUGCCUCGUCCUAACGGCACAUCCUGUGCCUGUCCCACCGGCAUCCUGCUCAAGGGAGAUGGAAGGUCGUGUGACGACUCUCCGGAGACUUACCUGCUCUUCUCCAAUCGCAUUAGUGUGCGGAGAAUCUCUCUGGACACCAACGAUCACACCGACGUGCACGUACCGGUCCCAGAGCUUCACAAUGUCAUCUCACUGGACUAUGACAGUGUGGAUGGGAAACUCUACUAUACUGAUGUUACCCUGGAUGUUAUAAGGCGAGCUAAUCUGGAUGGAACUGGCAUGGAGACGGUGAUAAGCCAGGGCCUGAAGACUACAGAUGGGCUGGCUGUGGACUGGGUGGCCAGGAACAUGUACUGGACCGACACUGGACGCAACACCAUCGAGGUGGCCCGCUUGGAUGGGACAAGCCGCAAAGUCCUGGUCAACAACAGUCUGGAUGAACCCAGAGCCAUCGCGGUGUUCCCCAGCAAAGGGUAUCUGUUCUGGACAGACUGGGGUCACAUUGCUAAGAUUGAGCGAUCCCACCUGGAUGGGUCGGACCGUAAGGUUCUGAUCAACACAGACCUCGGAUGGCCCAAUGGACUCACACUGGAUUAUGACACACGAAGGAUAUUCUGGGUGGAUGCCCAUUUGGAUAGGAUUGAGAGUUCUGACCUGAAUGGGAAACUACGUCAGGUCCUUGUCAGUCCAGUCUCUCACCCCUUCGCCCUCACACAGCAAGACCGCUGGAUCUACUGGACGGACUGGCAGACUAAGUCCAUCCAGCGGGUGGAUAAACACACCGGCCGCAACAAGGAAACUGUGCUGGCCAACGUGGAGGGCCUCAUGGACAUCAUAGUGGUGUCACCUCACAGACAGACAGGCACCAACCUCUGUGGGGUGAACAAUGGAGGCUGCACUCACCUCUGCUUUGCCAAGACCAACAGCUUUGUGUGUGCCUGCCCCGAUGAGCCAGAUGGCCGACCCUGCUCUACAAUCUCAGGUUAUGUUCCCACCUCAGCAUCCAGGGGCACCACCAGCACCCCCGGCCCCAACAAAAUUCCCAAAACUCCAACAGACAUUCCACAACGGGAACCCUCACUUGUCAAUUGCACCGAGAAGAACCUAAAUGUAGAGGGCUGCUUAGAGAACAGUGUAGUUACGGCUCCCCAUGGAGAAGGACUUCAUAUUAGCUACGUGAUUGGUGGAAUACUGACCAUCCUGGCUAUUUUGAUCCUCAUUGCUGCCUUCAUUAUUUACAAACAUAAAAAGUCCAAGUUUGCUGACCCGGGGGUGAGCAACCUGACCUACAGUAACCCCUCAUACCGGACUUCCACACAAGAGGUCAAGAUCGAGGCCUCCCAAAAGCCUCCGAUCUAUAACCAACUCCGAUAUAAGAAAGAGGGGGGAGUGGAUGGAGGCUACACCAAGGAGAAAAUCCGCAUUGUGGAGGGUGUGUGUCUUCUGUCCAAUGAGGAGCUGUACUGGGAUGACCUAAAACAGAUCAAGCCGUCCCGAGGCGGCCUGCACACCUGCAUGCGCACAGACACAGUGUCCCUGCAGGCCAGCAGCGCAUCGCUAGACGAUGGCGAGACAGAGCAGCUCCUCCAGGAGGAGGUGUCCGAAUGUUCUUCCAUAACCACCUUGACCCCCUCCGUCAUCACCCCGCAGCGCCAUGCCCAGCACAGCCUGCCCGACACCGGCUGGGUCUCAACACGCAAGCCCUCCACUGAGAGUGAAGUGUGAGGCAUGUCUGCUGUCCCCAAACUGCAUCCGUGCUUUGUCUCGCCUGCAUAUGUAAUACACAGAUACAUACAUACAGACAGACAUAAACCUGUAUUUAUAGCUGGUACAACUUAUGCACACAGAUAUGUAGGUACAAACAGUGAUACAUGCAUCCUGACACUAUGUAGAGUAAUGGUACAUAUUGUAUGAACCUGAUUAGACACAAGUAAGUUCACAUAAACACAACUCCUGUCUUUGAAACUGGGGCUCCGUCCUACUUGUGCACACACAGAUACACAUACACACAGCCAGUGCAUUGCAGUCCUCCAACAGUACCCUCAGUGCUACUGCCUUUAGGUGAAAUAAAAGACAACUAAUGAGCAUGCUGGAAUAAGAACGCAAAAGACUCUACGGAAGAAGUGAACCGUGAGACACAGGCAUAUCCGGAGCCUUUUUAAAGGAUGCAAACUCUAAACGGGAGGGACGCUUCUCUGUGUAUAAUGUUACAUUUUUUUUGUGAACUUUUUUUGACAGAGCUAAAAUGAUAUACUCCUGGACUAAAUAACACAAUGCUCUCUCUAAUGCCACUCAUCAUUUGCCAUGUCUUUAUGAACUCUAUUUAUGAACGUUUUGUACUUCAGAGUGGGUUUGCUGAUUUUAGAGAAUGGUGAGAGUGUUGUGUUGAACUAUGUACAGCAGGACCCAGGUAUUCAAAAGUUAUAUUUAUGACAGUGCCAAAGGGUGGGGCUUCACAAAGUCUCCAUGCUUCAUUCUUCAUCUACACUUCACUAGAAAUGUAUUUUAAUGGGAUAUUUGUUUCAUUUGACUUAGUGACAGCCAGGAAGCUGUUUCUCUCCCCUGUGUGAGAGUUCAGUGGUGAUUCCAUCUGCUUCUGAUAUCAUGUUUUAUGACCUCCAAUGAGUCAAUCAAGGACUUAGCUGGUACUCUUGGUUGUUUUUCAAAUCCUUUCAUCCUCAACAUAAAGCAGCCUGAAAGGAGACUUUUUAUCUUUCUCUCUUGUUUUUGUAAGUUGUAAUUCAACCAUUGCUGAUCCUCGAGGAUAGCAGAAGAGGCCGUGAUGAAGUAAAGCUCAAGUGCCAAACAUUUCUUCGUUUUCCUCCUUCAGUUAUAUUUAUGUUUCUCGGAGGGUGUAAAAUGUACAUGACAUUCUUUAAUGCAUUCUCAUUAAAGCAGAUCUAUCAACUCUAAACCUGUAAUGCAAUGUGCGCUCGCAGUACAUGCUCCAUUACAGUAUAACACAUGAUUCCCUUUGGGUAACAUGGAAUACAGUAUGAAAUACUUAGGAACACUGUGCAUAUCUGAACCCAUCAGGCGGUGAGGGGUAUAACUUAGAAACUAUCACUGACAACCUAAUGAAACAUUAAUUUAAUACAGGUAAAGGUAUUAUGCAUUGCUUUAACAUUGAAGAGUACGUUCUAUCUGUUGUUCAAAAUAUGGUACAUGGAAAUACAUUUCUAUAUUGACAAAUAUAUAUAUAUAUAUAAGUUAGACAAAACCAUGUAUUUUGAAGUAUCUUCUACAAGUUCAGCAAUUUGCUGAUUCGCUGCUAGACAAAGCACUGAGGCCAAUGAACAAGGGUCUUGGCAGCUACGUAACCAUUGGAUUGUGAUGGUUGGUUGACGGUAGGCCUGCAGAGCAUCACAACGAUCCAGUAAUGAAUCACCGCAGCUCAGUCCCUCCCACUCUGCUAUAGAAUCGCCAAGCUGUACAGAUUUUACCAUGCAGAUAUAAGCAAACAUUUGUGUUGAAGAUAUUGUGUUGAUUAUGUUGUAUAGUCUUUUGUACAAAGGGAUUUCAUGACCAUUUUGACUUGUAUUAAUUUUACUCACUGGAGAAGAACAUUUUUUUUUUUUUUUUUUUGCUGGAUUAUUUUAACCACUGUGUUUCCAGGCCUUGUAAAUGAUAGGGAAGAUGCCAGUUAUUUAAUAGUGCUCUUUUAUGUUAUGAAAUAUUGGUUGCGUAUAGCUGUUGUAAAGUUAACAAAAGAGGUAUUUAUGAUUUCUUUGUUUGGUUGUCAUUUAAUAUGUAAAUAUGAAAAAAAAAACUGUAUAUGUAUUUCCAUUGCAGUACUAACAAGCUGUGUUGUGUGAUAUAGUGAAUUAUCCCUUUGCUAUCUUUUAAUAUAAAACUGC